CGUACCCCUCGCCAGUUUUCGCGACCAGUAUCCGCUUCGCCGCCGCCGGCAGUCCCAGGGUUUCCGCCGAAUCGCCGACGAGAUGUUAGAGGAGCUCCUCAUCUUCACGCGUGGCGGCCUGAUCCUCUGGUCGCUGGCCGGCGCCGCCGCCGCGCUGAAGGGCUCCCCGAUCGACGCCCUAGUGCGGUCCUUCCUCCUGGAGGGCCGCUCCGCCUCCGCCGGCUUCACCCACGGCCCGUAUGCGCUCCGGUGGGCCUACGACAACGCGCUCGGGCUCGUCUUAAUCGCCGUCUACCGGCGGGUGCUCCACCUCCUGUACGUCGACGACCUCCUGGCCGCCAUCAGCGCCGAGUUCGCGCGGAUCUACCACCCGCGCCGCGCGUCCUACGACGAGUUUGGGGAGAGGUUCCGGCAGCUCCAUCUCGAGGCCGAGGCGCGCGCGUCCCGUCCACACUCCGUCUCCGCGAAGCCUGGUCCAGCAGAUUCUUCACCUGGCGCUCUCCAGCUCAAUGGUGGCGGUGGCGGUGGUGGUGGCGGUGAGGGUGAGAAGACGGGUGAUGAGUCUGGCAAGGAUGACUCUGAUGGUGAGCCUUCCCGGCAGGAGGAGCACAGCUCAGCCGCAGAUGGUAGCUUCAAUGGUGUGGAAGAGAAUUCUGAUGCCGGCCAUGGUGGUGCUGUUGUGAGAACGGAGGAGGAAGGAGGUUCCAACAAUGGGGCUUUUAAUUUUGAAAACAUUAAAAAAUCCCUUUUUCCACGCAAUGAUAAAGACAAGCGGGAUAAACCUCCUCACAAGGGUAAGAAACAGAGACUAGGGAAAGAUCAGACACCUGUAUCCAAGGAUAAGAAACCAUCCGAGAAGAAGUUGGAUUACUCCAACCCGGCGGAUCAUGGCAGACGGGCUGGUGAGCAGACGGCUGUCAACCAGGGGAAGAGCAUGAUGGACAAGGAUGAAGCCGUGAGGAGCACAACAAAGGAUGGAUGGUUCUCCUCAAUGUUCAGGAGCAUUGCAGGUAGCAAUGCAGAGCUGGAGGAGUCUGAUCUGCAACCUGCACUAAAAUCACUGAAAGACCGGCUCAUGACCAAGAAUGUCGCCGAGGAAAUUGCAGAGAAGCUCUGUGAAUCAGUCGCGGCUAGCCUCCUAGGCAAGAAGCUUGGAUCGUUCACACGGAUAUCCUCUUCUGUUCAGACAGCUAUGGAAGAGGCCCUGGUUCGCAUUUUGACCCCAAGGCGAUCCAUUGACGUACUGAGAGAUGUUCAUGCUGCCAAGGACCGUGGCACACCGUAUGUCAUCGUCUUCGUUGGGGUUAAUGGGGUCGGCAAGUCCACCAAUCUUGCAAAGGUUGCUUACUGGCUUCUUCAGCAUGAUCUUAGUGUCACGCUGGCAGCAUGUGACACCUUUAGAUCUGGCGCUGUUGAGCAGCUGCGCACACAUGCUCGCAGGCUUCAGAUUCCAAUAUUUGAGAAAGGAUACGAAAGGGACCCAGCUGUAGUGGCCAAGGGUGCGAUUCAGGAAGCCACCCGGAAUAAAUCAGACGUCGUUCUUGUCGACACCGCAGGGCGUAUGCAAGACAAUGAGCCACUCAUGAGGGCACUCUCCAAGCUCAUCAAUCUCAAUAACCCUGAUCUGGUUUUGUUUGUUGGAGAAGCGCUGGUGGGAAAUGAUGCUGUUGAUCAGCUCACCAAGUUUAGCCAGAAACUGGCAGACCUUUCCACUGCUCCCACUGCUAGAUCAAUAGAUGGCAUCCUGCUUACCAAGUUUGACACCAUUGAUGACAAGGUUGGAGCAGCGCUUUCCAUGGUGUAUGUAUCAGGAGCUCCUGUCAUGUUCGUUGGCUGUGGUCAGUCUUACACCGACCUCAAGAAGCUCAACGUGAAAUCCAUUGUCAAUACCCUCCUGGAGUAACCUUUGUUUUCUUUCUAAAUACCCAUUACAUUGCCAUUAUUGUUAGUAAUUAUGUGUAAUUCAUGGUUUGCUACUUAUGUAAGGACUGGAACUAGAAAUUUCUAUGUGUUACUUCUAAGAUAAUAAUUUUCCAUGUGUGAUCAUUUGACUCUUGUUUACUUGCUAGUUAUUAAGAUUACAAGCAAUUAUCGUGUACUUGACCUUUCGCACAAGAAGAUUAUUGUAUAAGUAUACUUGAGCUCAGAGUAA